AUGUUCGUUUACAAGCGAGACGGACGCAAAGAACGCGUGCAGUUCGACAAGAUCACUGCCCGUGUCUCCAGACUGUGUUAUGGCCUCGACCCAGACCACGUUGAUGCUGCUGCUAUCACCCAGAAGGUUAUUUCUGGUGUCUACCAGGGUGUUGGAACCAUCGAGCUAGACAACCUGGCUGCCGAGACUGCCGCCUACAUGACCGUUACACACCCCGACUAUGCCAUCCUGGCCGCUCGUAUCGCUGUAUCCAACCUCCACAAGCAGACCAAGAAGCAAUUCUCUAUGGUCAUCUCCGACCUCUUCCACUAUGUCAACCCCAAGAACAACAAGCCCGCUCCCAUGAUCUCCAAAUACAUCUAUGAGAUCAUUACAAAGCACGCCGAUGAGCUGAACUCCGCCAUCGUGUACGACCGUGACUUCAACUACAACUUCUUCGGCUUCAAGACACUGGAGCGCUCAUAUCUGCUCCGCAUUGAUGGCAAAGUUGCCGAGCGUCCUCAGCACCUGCUGAUGCGUGUUGCUGUCGGUAUUCACGGUGAGGAUAUUGAGAAGGCCAUCGAGACCUACCACCUCAUGUCCCAAAAGUACUUCACUCACGCUUCCCCUACCCUCAUCGAGGGUAUCUAUGACACUCUCAAGACUUGUGCCAUGAUCUCCAAGACUGCCGGUGGUAUUGGCCUGAACGUUCACAACAUUCGUGCCACUGGUUCUUACAUUGGCGGUACUAACGGUUCCUCCAACGGUAUUGUCCCCAUGCUCCGCGUGUACAACAACACGGCUCGCUACGUCGACCAGGGUGGUAACAAGCGCCCUGGUGCCUUUGCCAUCUAUCUUGAGCCCUGGCACGCCGAUGUCUUCGAGUUCCUCGACCUCCGCAAGAACCACGGCAAGGAGGAAGUCCGUGCCCGUGAUCUGUUCUAUGCUCUGUGGACCCCCGAUCUGUUCAUGAAGCGUGUCGAGGCCAACGGCGACUGGACUCUGUUCUGCCCUAACGAGGCCCCUGGUAUGGCUGAUGUCUACGGUGACGAGUUCGAGGCUCUCUACGAGCGUUACGAGAGAGAGGGUCGUGGUCGUACCACCAUCAAGGCUCAGAAGCUGUGGUAUGCCAUUCUUGAGGCACAGACCGAGACUGGUAACCCCUUCAUGCUGUACAAGGACGCUUGUAACAAGAAGAGCAACCAGAAGAACCUGGGUACCAUCCGCAGCUCCAACCUGUGCACUGAGAUUAUCGAGUACAGUGCUCCCGAUGAGGUCGCUGUCUGCAACUUGGCCUCCCUGGCUCUCCCCACCUUCGUUGAUUCCAACCGGGGACAGUAUGACUUCAACAAGCUGCACGAGGUUGUCCAGGUCUUAGUUCGUAAUCUGAACAAGAUCAUUGACAUCAACUACUACCCCGUUCCUGAGGCCAAGAAGAGCAACUUCCGUCACCGUCCCAUCGCCCUUGGUGUCAACGGUCUGGCCGAUGCCUUCCUGGCUCUGCGUCUGCCUUUUGACUCCCCCGAGGCUAAGCAGCUGAACAUUCAGAUCUUCGAGACUAUCUACCACGGUGCUCUGACUGCCUCCGCUGCUAUUGCCAAGGAGCUCGGUACUUACGAGACUUACCCCGGCUCCCCCGUUUCGCAGGGUAUCCUGCAGUACGAUAUGUGGGACCGCACCCCUACCGACCUUUGGGACUGGGCUUCCCUGAAGGCGACUAUCGCCGAGCAUGGUGUUCGCAACAGUCUGCUUGUCGCUCCCAUGCCUACUGCCUCCACCAGUCAGAUUCUGGGCUUCAAUGAGUGCUUCGAGCCCUACACCUCCAACAUUUACUCUCGCCGUGUCCUUGCUGGUGAAUUCCAGAUUGUCAACCCCUGGCUGCUGAAGGACCUGGUCGACCUUGGCCUGUGGUCCGACAACAUGAAGAACCGUAUCAUUGCCGAUGGCGGUUCCGUCCAGAACAUCCCCAACAUUCCUGCCGACAUCAAGGCCCUGUACAAGACCGUCUGGGAGAUCUCUCAGCGUAGCAUUUUGCAGAUGGCCGCUGACCGUGGCGCCUUCAUCGAUCAGUCCCAGUCGUUGAACAUUCACUUGAAGGAGCCCACCAUGGGCAAGCUCACCUCUAUGCACUUCGCUGGCUGGAAGAUGGGCCUGAAGACCGGCAUGUACUACCUCCGUACUAUGGCCGCCUCUGCUCCCAUCCAGUUCACCGUCGACCAGGAGCAGCUGCUGGUCGAGGACACCAACGUUGCCCGCGCCGCCUCUUCGCUCAAGAAGCGUGGCGCCGCUUCCUCCGGCUACUCCGCCGUUCCCCGUGCUGAGCCCGCCGCCAUCGCUGCCGCCCCUCAAGAAAGCCCUCGCACUCUCGUUGCGGACCCUGUUGCUCCAAUUGUUGCCCCUGCCCCCGCCGCUGCCGCUGCCGCUGAGGCCGACGGUGAGACCGCUGAGGAAACCGAGAAGACUGAAAAGUCUGAGGGUGAUAUCUACUCCGACGCCGUUCUACAGUGCAGCAUCGAGAACAAGGAUGCUUGCAUCAUGUGCCAGGGCUAA